AUGAUCUUCGCAAAGGCUCUCCUCACUCUCACGUAUCUUGGCUUAGCGUGCGCCACGUCGUCGACCAAUUUCGUAGUCCAUGAGAAUAUCAGGAUCCCCCCGCGAGGUUUCACUUCGGUGGGGCCUGCCCCGCAGGGACAGACAAUCACCUUACGGAUAGCGCUAGCUCAGGCAAACAAAAAUGCCAUCGUUGAUGCACUAUACAGCGUGAGCGAUCCGACGAGUGCCAUUUAUGGUCAGCACUUAUCGAAAGCGGAGGUUAACGCACUCGUUGCCCCAAGUUCAGACACCAAGAAUGUGGUCGAUUCCUGGCUGCAUGCCAACGGCUUUAACGUUACGACGCUCUCUCCUGCGGGCGACUGGAUCAGCAUCAACGUGCCUGUCAGCAAAGCGAAUGCCCUCCUCGGUGCCAACUUCACGACGUUCGCGCAUCGGGAUUCUGGGAGGCAAUUCAUUCGCACUCUCUCGUACUCGCUCCCGGAAAGUCUGCGGGGACAUGUCGACCUCGUGCAUCCGACUGUCACCUUUCCGGAUCCUGCGAGCAUUGCACCCGUUGCGGCGAAGAUGAAGCGUGCAAUCCAUGAAGUGGUGCAGCGCGACGUGUCUUCGACCUGCGCGAAUGGUACGAUUCCAGCGUGUCUUCAGGACCUGUACAAGAUUCCCACUGCCCCCGCAACAAACAAGAAGAACUCGCUCGGAGUCACAGGUUUCUUUGGAAACAAUGCGCACUACGCCUUCCUGGAGACCUUCCUACAGCAGUAUCGCCCUGACAUGAACCCGGCGACGAACUUCAGCGUAGUUGGUGUUGACGGCGGCUCCAACGACCAGGACGUCCCCUCGGUCUCUGAAGGAGAGCUCGACAUCCAGUAUACUGUUGGUUUGGCAACAAACGUGCCCGUCACCUACUACUUCAUCGGCACGGAAAACAAUGAUGCCUUAGGGGGGUAUCUCGACGAGGCGAACCUUCUUUUAGGUCUUGAUGCCCCUCCUCUUGUCUUGACAACUAGCUAUGGACAGCAAGAAAGCACGAUCUCCUUUGAGCUUACCGAGAGACUCUGUCAGGUCUACGCACAGCUUGGUGCGCGCGGCACGACAAUCCUCUACGCUUCCGGAGAUAGCGGCCCGGGAUGUCCGUCAGGGAACAACACAAAUUUCCAGCCGACUUUCCCCUCUAACUGCCCCUUCGUCACGUCUGUAGGUGGUACGCAGGGUUUUGCCCCCGAGGAGGCAUGGACCGGCUCAUCCGGCGGCUUCUCAAACUACUACCCACGCCCGCCUUACCAAGCCGCCGCCGUCGGGACAUACCUCGCUCGUCACGGCCACAAGAAUGCUGGCAAAUACAAUGCGAGCGGGCGCGCGUUCCCGGAUAUCGCCGCGAAGGCAGACGAGUUCAUUGUCUCUGAAGAUGGGCCAUUCCCCCUGUUCGGCACGAGCGCGUCGAGCCCCACCAUGGCGAGCAUCAUCGCGCUAAUAAAUGAUAAGUUGUUGAAUAAGGGGCGGCCCCCGCUGGGGUUCUUGAACCCGUGGCUGUAUGGUGGGGGCUUCCUGGCAUUCACGGAUAUUACGAAGGGGAAUAGCUCGGCCCGUUGCAGCUUCACCGAGACUGUGCAAGGUUUCGAUGCCGAGGUUGGCUGGGAUCCAGUGACGGGCCUUGGGACCCCUCGUUUUGACAAGUUGGUUUCUCUCCUUGGACUAUGA